AUGUCAGGAUCACCCGAAGGCAUCUACGAGCCCGGCAUCGUCGACCCCGGGGUGCCGGUCCCCCAUCCCACCCAGUCCUUCUGGCUCUCCUCGCCUCACCCGCUCGCCAACCACCAAUCGCCCUGGCCCACUCACGCCGUCGAUGUCGCCAUCAUCGGCUCCGGCAUAACAGGCACGAACAUAGCCCGCACGCUCCUCCAAAAACAACCCAACCUCCGCAUCGUCGUCCUCGAAGCGCGGUCGCUCUGCUCCGGCGCCACCGGCCGCAACGGCGGACACAUCAAAACAAUGUCAUUCGCGUCGUGGGAGCAGCGCAAGGCGGCAUACGGCAUCAAAGAGGCGGUCCGCAUCACCGCCUUCGAGCACAGCCACCUCGAUACCCUGGAGCGGGCGGCGCGAGAGAACGGGAUUGAUUGCGACCUCGUGCGGACCGAGGGCGUCGACGCGUAUUUCGACCAGGCUACGUUCGAUCACGCCCGCGCCGCGCUGGACGAUAUGCUCGCACACGCCCCGGAAUUGGCGGCGCAGUACACCGUCUACACAAACCCAGACCGCCUGCACCGCGUGAUGAAGCUCUCGCCGCGCUGCGUCGGCGCCAUCGGCGUGCCCGCGGCGUCGGUCUGGCCGUACAAGCUCGUGACGGGGCUGAUGGCGCGGAUGAUCGAGAGCGGGAAGCUGAACGUGCAGACGAAUACAACUGUUACAUUCAUCGAUGAUGAAAACAACACUGACUUCGCCGCCGUGCACACGACCCGCGGCACCAUCCGCGCGCGCCACGUCGUGCACGCCACGAACGGCUGGCUCGGCCACCUGCUGCCGGAGCUGCGCCCCUUCAUCUCGCCGGUGCGCGGGAACGUCGUGCGGUACGCGCCCUCUUCUCCCGCCUCCUCCACCGAAUCCGCACCCGCAUCCCCAUUCGCCCUCGACCCCUCCUUCUCCUUCUGGCUCCGCUACGCCACCCACGACUACGACUACCUGAUCCAGCGCCGCACCGGCGCCAUCGUCGUCGGCCGCGCCAACACCGGCCGCCGCGCCACGGCCGACGACAGCCAGACCGACCUCGCGCCUAUGGCGCACCUGCGGGGAUUCGCAGGAGAAGUGCUGGCUCCUCCUCCUCCUCCUCCUCCUCCUCCUGCUGCCUCCUCCCCAUCACCCACCAUCGACCACGCCUGGUCCGGCAUCCUGGCCUUCGUGCAGGACGCGUCGCCGUUCAUCGGGCCGUUGCCCGGGCGCCGGCGCCGGCAGCGCCAGUGGGUGUGCGGGGCGUAUCAUGGGAUUGGCAUGGUUAAGGCGUUCCGCGCGGCCGAGAUGGUGGCCGGGAUGCUGUUGGGCGAGGAGUUGGCGGAUGAGUAUCCGCGGUCGAUGUUGAUCACUGAGGGAAGGCUGCGGCGGUUGAGGGCAUCGCUGGAGGAGUGCGGGGCGGGGUUGGAGAAGCCGAGGCUGUGA